GAUCUGUCGUUAACUCUCCUCUCCACUUUCCGUCUGAAUCUUCGUCCCUCUCUGAGUCUCUGGGGACGUCAGUGGGGACCUUCCUUUUCAACGAACCCAUAAAGCUCCUUUAUUCCUCUCCACAAUUUAUUUAAUUUUAAUUAAAAGAACACGAUGGUUCAAUAUCUGGGCACAGUACGCGUUACUCCUUCCCUGCCCAGUUUCAGACGCCAAAUCAAUCUCAUCAAUCUCAACUCCUCUCCUCCUUUUUCACUUUCAAGAAAUGGGUUCUUCUCCUCUUCACUUUCAAGAAAUGGGUUCUUCUUAUCUUCACUUUCAGGAAAUGGGGUUCCCUCAUCUUCACUUUCAGGAAAUGGGUUCUCCUCAUUUUCACUUCCUAGAAACGGGUUCUCUCCCUUCAGAAGGAUUCUUCAAGCUUGUCUUCAAUCAAAUGCUAGUAGAAAUGCUGAUGCACAGUUACAGGCUGGCCAAUCUGAAAUUAUUUUUAUGGGGACGGGGACUAGUGAAGGGAUUCCACGUCUCAGCUGCCUUACCAAUCCUUCAAAUAAAUGUCCGGUGUGCUCGAAAGCUGUGGAACCAGGUAACAAGAACAGGAGGCUUAACACAGGCCUCCUUAUAUGCUAUCAUGGACCCUCUGGAAGGCGCAACAUUCUUAUAGAUGUCGGCAAGUUUUUCUACCAUAGUGCUCUUCGAUGGUUUCCUGCAUUUGGGCUAAGAACAAUUGAUGCGGUUAUUAUUACUCAUUCUCAUGCUGAUGCAAUUGGAGGUCUGGAUGAUCUCCAUGAUUGGACAAACAAUGUGCAGCCUUACAUUCCAAUUUAUGUUGCAGAGCGUGAUUUUGAGGUGAUGAAGAAGACUCAUUAUUAUUUGGUGGAUACAAGUGUGGUUACACCAGGUGCUGCUGUCUCAGAGCUGCAAUUUAACCUAAUACAUGAAGAGCCCUUUGUUGUGAAUGAUUUGAAGUUUACCCCUUUACCAGUGUGGCAUGGUCAUGGUUAUCGUUCUCUUGGUUUUCGUUUUGGUAACAUAUGUUACAUCAGUGAUGUUAGUGAAAUACCUGAAGAAACGUAUCCACUCCUUAAGGACUGUGAACUCCUGAUUAUGGAUGCUUUGCGGCCUGAUCGGUCUUCGUCGACACACUUUGGACUUCCAAGGGCCAUAGAAGAAGUACGGAAAAUUCAACCAAGGAGAACACUUUUCACUGGUAUGAUGCACCUGAUGGAUCAUGAUAAUGUGAAUGAAUAUCUUGCAAAAUUGAUGGAGACAGAAGGUCUCAAUGUGGAGCUAAGCUAUGAUGGGUUGUGUGUGCCCGUAACACUCUAGAUUUUGUCACGUCUUCCCAUUCUUUGUUCUCAGUAAAGGCAUUCUAUAGCAUACCUCAAAUGUCAAUUGGUCUAACAUACUACAGUCAUUUUUGUGAGCGCCUCUGAUUCAGUCAAUUCAGGGACUGAUAUUUGCCUUUUUUACUCCUUGCAUAUUUUAAGUUUGUGCUUACAGUGUUACUUUUCUGUUUACAAUUACAAUGUAACUUCUUUCAUCAACAAGGAUGCGAUUGCAUACAUUUGAUGGACUAGAA